GAAAGGGCUGUGGGUAGGCGUAUUCUGAUUGGAUGUUUGUGUGAGAACUCAUGAGUUGCUUCCUGUUUCCCACCACGGAUCUAACGCGUUUCUCUUUAGAGAAGUUGUAUUUUGGUUUCGUAUAAUUAUUUUAAUUGGCAUAUACUAAGAUAGUUAUAACAAAAUGAAAACCAAAUGUGGAUGUUUUGCACCUUUCGUCUUGCUAGUUAUCGCGUCACUUCUUUAUCUAGGCGAUUGUGAAUACCAUACUUUAUCGCAUCUCAAACCUCAAGCCUCAGAUAAGACGCAGGCAAAAGCUGUGGUUGAACUCCUGAAACGUGUUCUUGGUGGUAGAUCCAGAGAAUUCAUUGUGUUGGUCAACAGAACGUUUUCUAACGACACUCUGGACGUUUGUGAACUCCGGUCAGCGAAAAAUAACAAGAUCGUAGCUAUUGGAAGCACGGGGGUGGCCGUGACUACUGGGAUAUAUAAUUAUUUGAAGUAUUUCUGUAAUUGUCACAUAUCUUGGUCAGGGAAUCAGUUGAACGUUCCUCGUCCACUGCCUACUCUUACCGGCGUCUUGCGUAUCAGUACCCAGCACAGAUUUAGGUACUAUCAGAAUGUGUGCACCCAGAGUUACUCAAGUGUGUGGUGGGAUUGGCCACGAUGGCAGAGGGAGAUCGACUGGAUGGCACUCAAUGGUAUUAACAUGCCUUUAGCAUAUACGGGGCAAGAAGCCCUGUGGCAAGAGGUGUACCUGUCCCUUGGCCUGAACCAGACUGAGAUGGAUCAGUUUUUCACUGGUCCAGCAUUCCUGGCCUGGAAUCGCAUGGGCAACUUGUUCCAAUGGGGUGGCCCACUUCCCCAGUCUUGGCAUGUCAAGCAACUUCAUCUACAGUUUAAAAUUUUGGAUCGGAUGAGGGCUCUUGGAAUGAUUCCUGUUUUGCCAGCCUUCUCUGGGAUUGUGCCUCCAGGAAUCACCAGACUUUAUCCGAAAGCAAACGUGACGAAGCUGAAUCCAUGGAGCCAUUUCAACUGCACCUACUCCUGCGCCUACCUGCUGGAUCCACGGGACCCCCUUUUCCAGAGGAUUGGGGGGCUUUUCCUGUCCCAAAUGGUGGAGCAGUUUGGGACUGACCACAUCUACGGAGCAGACACCUUUAACGAGAUGACGCCCUCUUCUUCUGAACCUGCAUACCUGUCCUCUGUCAGUAACGCAGUCUUCACCACCAUGACCUCAGUGGACCCACAAGCAGUCUGGUUGAUGCAAGGCUGGUUGUUUGUUUCUGACACAGCGUUUUGGAGGCCAGCCCAGGUCAAAGCGCUGCUGCACGGUGUCCCUCUGGGGAGAAUGAUUGUGCUGGACCUGUUUGCUGAGUCACUGCCAGCCUUCUCCUUCACACAGUCCUUUUAUGGACAGCCCUUCAUUUGGUGUAUGCUGCACAACUUUGGUGGGAACAAUGGCAUGUUCGGCACAGUGCAGCAGGUCAACUUGGGACCCUUUGAGGCGCUGCGCUUCCCCAACUCCACGCUGGUCGGACUUGGCAUGGCACCAGAGGGCAUCGAGCAGAAUCCUGUGGUAUACGAGCUGAUUAGCGAGCUCGCCUGGCGGAAGGAACCCGUUAACCUGCUCAAGUGGGUGUCUCUGUAUGCAGCCCGUCGCUAUGGCAACAUGGGCGAGCGGUUGGGUGCUGCGUGGCGGCUGCUGUUCCGAAGCGUGUACAACUGUACCGUGGCAGGAUACAAGAACCACAAUCACAGCCCACUGGUGCGCCGGCCAUCACUACACAUGAAGACCGACAUAUGGUACGACCCUGCUCACCUCUACGAGGCGUGGCGGCUGCUCUUUGAGGCAGCCCCAACGCUGAUGGCUACCGAGACCUUCCGUUAUGACCUGGUGGACGUCACGCGACAAGCCCUCCAGCUGCUUACCACAGAAUUCUAUCGGGAGAUCCGCGACGCCUUUCAGGCGCAGAAGCUUCCAGAGCUUUUAAAUGCAGGUGGUGUACUCAUGUAUGAUCUGUUGCCUGAGCUCGACCGCCUCCUGUCCAGUAACUACCACUUCUUACUCGGGGUGUGGCUGGACAAUGCACGCUCUAUGGGAUUAAAUGAGAGGGAGGCUCAGCUGUAUGAUAUCAAUGCGAGGAACCAGCUCACACUCUGGGGACCAGAGGGUAACAUCCUGGACUAUGCCAACAAGGAGUGGGGUGGACUCAUGGAGGACUACUACUCCCAGAGGUGGGGGCUGUUUGUCAACACACUGGUGGAAUGUUUGGACCGAGGCAGACCCUUCAGACAAGAUUCCUUCAACCAAGAAGUAUUUCAAAUAGAGAAAGGAUUUGUUUAUAAUGAGCGGAAAUACCCCUUUAAACCACUUGGCAAUACUUAUGACAUUGCAAGAAGGAUCUUCCUGAAAUACUACCCUCAAGCACUUAAGAGGUUAACGUGAACCAACCAACCAACUGCAGUGUCUUAGGUAAUUAAUUGUACCUCCAAUGACCAUUACUUCUUAAGGAGUAUAAAACACAACUAAAGCCAUUUCAAUGGAUUUUUUAUUUUCAUUUUUUUUUUUUUUUUAUACCACAAAAUGUAUAUGGAACACUGGGAAAUAUCAGCUGCUAUCCAGGAUAGACAUUGACAGCAUUUGGGUAAACUUUCAGUGUUAUCUGAUAACUUUUGUUGCCAUGAAUGGCUAAAAGUGUUCACACAUAUUUGGGUGGAAUGAGACUUCUGAGACCUCUGUAAUAUGAUGACAUUUUAGCUGUAUACACCAAUGUCUGGUAGACAUCUUGGCCUGGUUUUAUUCUGUUGUAAUAGACAGUGGGAGUAACACCUCAGAGGCCUUUAAUACUUUUAUAUAUAUUUUCUGUCUUAACCUAGGGCUGAACAUCACUUUAUUCAUUCUGUUUCCUACAGGGAAUUGACUGACUGUACUUGUGAGACAAGUAGAUAUGCUAAAAAUAACUCUAAAUAUAAUUUUUUUGAGAAAGGAUUGAACCUCCUUGUUACAGCUUCAAGAGUGUCUCUGAAGAUCAGACUGGACCUGCACAGGUUCAUACCUUUUAAUUCAGGGGACUGUUGAGCAAGUUUUUAUUCAAACUGCAGUAUCAUAAAAAUGUACUGUACAACUGGAAACUGUAAAUACUGUACAAACAUUGAUUUGACAGAAUUUAAGUAAUUCAUUUUAAAUAAUUGUUGUCCAUUGCAUGUGCACCACGGGACUAAAAUGACAACCAUGCCUGUUAGCUCUUACACCAGAUAUACAGUGACUAGUCUAUGAAAAUCUAUUUCAUAUGGCCAAGUUUGGGGAGUGUUCUGUAAACUCACUCAGUGUUUACUGCCUGGAAAAUGUAUCUUUUGACGAACUUUGAAAUGUUUUUACUCCGUGGUACACAAUAUUUCAAUUGCAGCCAUUAAUUGGCUAGUCUGGUGUGUAUUUAUAUGUGUGUGUGGCUGUUUCUGUACAUAUUUGAACCGCUGUAAUUCCCCAAACCUUAAUUACUGACCAGUCAAAACAGUGAUAGGUUUACAACGUAUUACAUUGUGAAUAUGAAUAGUAAUUGAGAACAAAAUGCUAUUUUUUAUAUUUUGUCAAAUAAAGCCAUACUUUUCAUACUGUC